AUGCGGAACCUUCCCAACGACUCUGCCAUCUCGGUGGCUACGGCUGCUGCCGCCGCCUCUUCAUCAGCGUAUCCCUCGAGCAUUACACCUCCACCCGGAGAGAGGCGGGCGUCGGACGACAGGACGAAAUCGAAAUCCAACUCUCCACAAGCAACACAAUUCACGCCUUAUCACGAGCUGAGCCCCGAAGAACAAGCCGCGCAGGACCUCGAGAACGAGGCGGCUGUCGCCCAAGCGCAGGCUUCCAUCGAUAUCGAUUCCGGGUCAGAUGUUGCUUCAGUCUCCGACGCCGGGUACGAGACGGAUUCCCUGCGGUCGGCGGCCUCAACGUCCUUAUCUUCGAGCGUGCGGGAUUUUGCUUUUGAGAAUGGGAGGAGAUACCACAAGUUCCGGGAAGGAGCGUAUAAUUUUCCGAACGAUGAUAGUGAACAGGAGAGAGAGGACAUGAAGCAUGCGAUGAUGGUGAACCUGUGCCAGAAGUUGCACUUUGCACCAAUAGGGGACAAUCCGGGGAAUAUUUUAGAUAUAGGGACGGGGACGGGGAUUUGGGCUAUCGAGAUGGGAGAUUUAUAUCCAAGCGCCAACGUCCUGGGUAUAGAUUUAAGUCCCAUACAACCAGAAUGGGUGCCCCCAAAUGUCAAGUUCAUGGUCGAUGAUGUGGAAUCUCCUUGGUUACGGCCCCCGAAUCAUUUUGACUACAUUCAUGGACGACACACGGUGAUGGCUAUCAGAGACUGGCCGAAGCUGAUGCGGCAAGUUUUAACUCACCUGAAACCUGGCGGCUGGUUCGAGCUACAAGAAAUCCAUCACUUCCCUCAAUGCCAUGACGGCAGCAUGCCCCCGAACCACCCCGUCGCCGAAUACUGGUCACUGAUCGACCAAGGUUUGGCCGCAGUCGGCAUAAAUUUCAAAGCGGUGCUGGAAAUGGCGGACAUGAUGCGGGAAGCAGGCUUCGUGAACGUCACAACGCGCAUCUUCCACGUGCCCAUCGGUGUCUGGCCGAAGAAUAAGGUGUUGAAGAUGGUGGGCAUGUACUGGCGGGAGAUUCUGCUCAUGGGAGCGGAACCCAUCGCGCUCGGUCCACUGACGAGAGGGCUGAAGUGGUCUCGAGAGGAGGUCGAGGUCCAUCUCGUGGCGGUGAGAAAGGCGUAUAUGGAUGCUUGGGUCCAUAGCCACAUGCCAUUACACAUUAUCUGUGCGCAGAAACCGGAGUAG